UCGCUCGAAAUGUCAGUGAGGUAGCGACUCGUUAUAAAAUAAAGAAAUAUUAGUUAGUUCUGUAUGAUGUAGCCGUGUUUGAUGUGUGCCGAGUGUGGAGUGCGUAGCGAGCGAACGGCCGCGGCGAGAUGGCGGCCCAGGGCAAUGCGGCCGGCGGCGGUGGGCGUUCGCGCGCGGGCCCCGAGGACACCAGCACUGACAGCGACAACGAUACAGAGAGGAAGGCGCUGCUUCGCCGCAUAUCGACCAGCAAGUGCGUCGGCAGAUUGCCAGUGGUGAAGGAGGGCUACCUGAUGAAGCAGACGCGCAGCUUCCAGCGCUGGCAGCGCCGCUACUUCCGGUUGCGUGGCCGUACGCUCUACUACGCUAAGGAAAAGGAGAGUCAACUAUGGGACGAGUUUGAGCUGGAGGACGCGAUCUUCGCGGAGUGCAGCGUCAACAACGCUAAUCAUAGCUUUCAAGUGAUAACAGCGCGACGCAGCGUGGUCUUGUGUGCGGAGAGUCGCGGCGAGAUGGAGUCGUGGGCGAGCGCCCUGCGUGGGGCGCUGCACCGCGGCGCUGACGUCGCCGACCUCGUCGCUCGCCUCUCCUCUGGAGACCACCACUGGUAUGCGGCGACGCACGCGCGUCCGACGUUCUGCAACGUGUGCCGCGAGCCGCUGGGCGCGCUGGGCACAGCGCACGCGCUGGCCUGCGAGCUGUGCAAGUAUAAAGCGCACAAGCGCUGCGCCGCGCGCGCACCACCCUCCUGCAAGUGGACAACACUCGCUUCGCUCGGACCUCACGUCGUCGAGGACGCUGAAGGGAACAUAAUAAUGCCGCAUCAGUGGCUGGAGGGCAACCUGCCCGUGGCUGCCAAGUGCGACAUUUGCGACAAGACCUGCGGCUCCGUACUGCGCUUGCAAGAUUUCCGCUGCGUGUGGUGCCGCAAAUGUGUGCACGCUCAGUGCCGGCCGGGCUGGCGCGCCGCGUGCUCGCUGGGCCCCGCGCGCGCCUCCGUCGUGCCCCCCACCCGCUUGCACUCCGUGGGGCCCGACGACGGCUGGCUGCCCGACAGACCGCCCAACGCCUCGCCGCUUAUUGUCUUCGUCAACUCUAGAUCAGGCGACAACCAGGGCGUGAAGUUCCUGCGGCGCUUCAAGCAGCUGUUGAACCCGGCGCAGGUGUUCGAGCUGGCGGGAGCGGGACCGCGGCUGGGGCUGCGACUGUUUCGGCACUUCGCCCCGCUGCGCGCGCUCGUCUGCAGCGGUGACGGCUCCGUCGGCUGGGUGCUGCAGGAAAUCGACAAGCUCGAUAUGCAUCAACAUGUGCAGACGGCGGUGCUGCCGCUGGGCACGGGCAACGACCUGGCGCGCGUGCUCGGCUGGGGCGCCUCCUGCGACGACGCCGCCAACCUGCAGCAGCUGCUCGAGCGGUACGAGCGCGCCUCUACUAAAAUGCUGGACAGGUGGUCGAUCAUGACGUUCGAGCGCGCGCUGACCGCGCCGCCGCCUCCCCCCGUGCCGCCCGACCUGCUGGACGAGGCCACGCUGCUCAAAAAUUUACAGGAUAUCAUGCAGGCGGGCGAGGUGAGCUGCGUGGCCCGCUGCUCGCUGCGGUCGGGGUGCGCGCGUCUGGCGGCGGCGGGCGAGCGCGCGGGCGGCGGGGCUGCGCGUGCGGCUCACCGGCUGCGGCGCGCGCUCUCGCUGCUGCUGCACGCCCGGAGCCACCUCGCGCACGACCACGCGCGCUGCAGAUCGUGGGAGCCGGCGGAGACGACGACCAGCGACAGCGAGCCUGAUGCGCCCGCAGUCGCCGAGAAGGGCAGCAUCGAAAAGACUGAAAAGGAGCAGCUGAACUGGGCGGCGCGCGGCUGCUCGCUGGCCGGCCGCGCCGACAGCGUGCGGCGUGCGCUGCGCUCGCUCGUGCGCACCCUCCUGCAGUUAUACCCACAGAUCACUGGGGAAGCGGACACGGGUACUACAAGAGCGGGGCCUGAGGCGGGGGCGGAGACUGGGGCAGGGGUUGCGGGGGCGGGGGCGGCGGGGCCGGGCGAGGUGUCGGCCACACUGCCGGUGCCGCGCGCCUUCGCCGACAGCCGCCGCUCCUCCGCCGCCUCGGCAGUCUCCGCCGCCUCCUUGCAACCAGAACACAUUCCAGACGUAGAUGAAGACAUAGCUAAACUGAUAAGUUCGCAGGCUGGCGAUCAAACGCUACGAGUAGAAAAAAUUGACAGUAGAAAGUUAAGCUCCGCCUCGCCGCAGGACCAUCUCUCGUUAUCCAACUUAUCCUCUUGCGAUACAAGCUCGUGCAAGAACCUGUUCAGGCCAGACGCAGACCGAGGCCCCUACAAUAGCAGCAGUCUCACGAUACCUAAUUUAAUUGUCUCGGACGAUAGCGAUAAGAGAUAUUCGAUAGUACAGGGAGAAACUUAUGAAUCGGACCAAUUGACUAUUAUAGACAUCGACAAGCCGUAUACGGAUGAAAUUCACUUUCAAGAAUUGAGUGACAGAAAUACCCCAGUCAGCGGCGAAUGUACGCCGGAAAGAAAGCUUUCUAGUGUAGAUUUGGAAGUAGACGCUACGAGUUCUGAAGAGUCCAACAUUAGCGAAGAUUUUAGUUUGAUGUCGGAGAUUAUGGAUACGAAGCCGGAGGAUCUCGAAGAGGCUAAUAUUGGUCACAUAGAUUCGCCAGAAAUCUCGGAGACGACAUACGUCAACUCGGAAACGAUUCACGGUGAAUCGAUUAUGGAUGAUAUCAGUUCUAUGCUCGGACAAGAAGUUCUGUUAGCCAUGAUGGGUAAGAACGGUGACAACGAAACGUAUACAGAUGAUACAACGCUUUUUACCUCAGAUACAGUCUCGGACAUUCCCAUGGACAGCAGAAAUCCAAGCUUAGAAAAAAACUCCGAAAGGAAAGUAAAACAUGUAUCAAAAGUAAAGAAGCGAAAAGAAGUCGAAGUAGAAAAAUUUGGAUUUGAGAACAGAGUUUUCUAUAUUGAGAAUGCGCCGAAAGUCGAUGAGCAAAUUAAAUAUUGUAGUUUAGCACAAUUCGAGGAAGGAAGUGAUAUCGCAAGAAAAUCUUUUCGAAAGCAGCUUAAAAAAAGCAUUAAGAAACGUGUAGUCGACGAUGGAUCCGUAAAGCAUCUCCUACCUAAAACAACAGAAGAACUCACACAAAAGGUUGAGUCUCCAGUUCGAACUUCUCCCAAAUCAUUAGAGCUUUCUAAGGAAGAGAAGACAAUGAAAGUGAACAGUCAAACGCCGGUUUUUCCGCAAGUUAGUGUAGUGGUAGAACCACCGUCUCCAUCACACAGUGAAGAACAAAGAAGCCUCAAAACCAAUGGUAGUCGUAUGGCUUCAGUACUAAGCGAUAUCUUCGAUCAGGGAACGGAUACGUUAAGUGUUAACUCACCUGAGCCGAGUAUGGCCAAUAGUCGAGAACGGAGAUCUUCAGAUAACCCAAAAUUACUCGGCUCUACUGAUCCUGAGUACGGGCGGUUCCUCAGUUGUUCGCCUGCUGCGACUAGAAGAAUUUCCUGUGGCAGUCUGUUUAAACCAGGCGAAACUGACAACAGGUUAUCCACAUCGGUAUCGUCAAUAUGGGGUGACAGUGGCGUCGUAGGAGGAAUGGGUUCAUCAAAAUCUGACACCAGUGAAAGAGCUAAAAAAUUGCCAAUUAUCAAUCCCCUCGUUCAGUUGCCAGCAUGGCCGCACGUCACACAAGGAUUCAUAAGUCAAUGUCUGUUAGCGAACGCGGACGCUCUAUGUGCCGCUGUAAGUCCAUUGAUGGAUCCUGAUGACACUCUACUCGAAGGGUUCUAUGAGAGAGCGGUAAUGAACAACUACUUCGGCAUUGGUAUCGAUGCAAAGAUAACCCUGGACUUUCAUAAUAAGAGGGAAGAACAUCCUGAGAAAUGUAGAUCGAGAGCCAGGAAUUACAUGUGGUAUGGUGUGCUCGGAUCCAAGGAAUGGGUGAAUAGAACAUAUAGACAUCUGGGACAGCGCGUGCAGCUGGAGUGCGACGGGCAGAGGAUCCCGCUGCCGGAGCUGCAGGGCAUCGUGGUGCUCAACAUCCCCUCCUUCAUGGGCGGUACCAACUUCUGGGGAGGCACCAGAGCCGAUGAUAUCUUUCUCGCGCCCUCCUUCGAUGAUAGAAUACUCGAGGUGGUGGCGGUGUUCGGGUCGGCGCAGAUGGCGGCGUCGCGACUGAUCAACCUGCAGAAGCACCGCAUAGCGCAGUGCCGCGCCGUGCAGAUCAACAUCCUGGGCGAGGAGUGCGUCCCGGUGCAGGUGGACGGCGAGGCCUGGCUGCAGCCGCCGGGCUGCGUGCGCAUCAUACACAAGAACCGCGCGCAGAUGCUCUGCCGCUCGCGAGCGUUAGAGACCAGCCUCAGAGCGUGGGACGAGAAGCAACAGCAAAAAGCGCAAGCGAGCAACUCCUUGUCUUCGUCGGAAGCGGCGCAGCUGCUGGCGUUGCUGGACGACGUCAACACAUUAGUCAAACAUGUGAGCAAUUAAACGAUAUCCGUAUAAGCCCUGGAUAAAUGGAUUAUCGUUGGCUUAUCGGCUGAUGCGCUGCAAGACGCGGAGGGACGCCUGCUGCCUCCGCCGCAACUGCGUCGCCUGCUCGCAGCACUCGUGGAAAGCUGUCACGAGCUGCUAGCGAGCGGGUGCGCGGGCGCGGGCGCGGCGGCCAGCGUGCGCGCACACCUCGCGCGCUGCGACAUUCGCGACGGUCUCGCCUAUCUACACGCUGAUGAGGUCCCCAAGAAGAGCGCCGGUCGCUGGCUGCGAGGUAGAAGAAGCGUGUCGGAGGGAAGCGGUACCUCUCUAACGGCAGCACAGGUCCGGAACUGGGGCAUCAAGGAGGUCCAAAAUUGGUUGGAAUCCCUGCAACUGGGAGAAUACGCGGAGGCGUUCGCAAAGCACGACGUGACGGGGCGGGAGCUCCUCUCCCUGGCGCGGCGAGACCUGCGAGAGCUGGGCGUCACCAAGGUGGGUCACGUCAAGAGGAUCCUGCAGGGCGUCAAGGACCUCCAGUGACGACGUCGCGGCCGUUCUGAAGGGAAUGGCCUCGCAUAAAUACUGGGACCCUUCGAGCGCCGGCGUGUCUCGUUAUUAUGUCGUGUCGAAUUUCUAGGACCAUUUUAAUGUAGACUUGGAUUACUAUACGAGAAUGAUCUCCCCUUUUUACAAAUUUUUUUCGAAUACACUAAGGCGUUCAAAGGGUUAUUUUGUUAUGUGAUUUAUCUCCCACCGAAAUGUGAAUUUUAUCUUAACUAUUACAUUUUCAAUGAGUGAAUUUUUAAAUUUUGCAUGUUUUAAAUUAUUCAAGUAUACAUACAUGACUUAACUAACUAUUAUUGUAUAAGUGCUUGGAAU